UGUAUCAGGUAAUUACUGUCCAGUCGUUGUUCAUUGAUGUUUCAUAUUGCUUUUUAAGUGAUAGCUUUAUAUUUAAGUUUGCCCAUUUUUGUUAAUCUUGUUGACCUAUGGCUAGAUAACCUCUGAAGUGUUCUUGAAACUGUGUAUGUUUGCUGAGAGCCACUGGAAAAGAGAGUCAAAUUACUUGUUUCUGUCAACAUAUACACAGUCGCAAAGACUGUUUUGCCCUGGUAAAGCUGGUAAAGGCUAAUUUCUACAUCCAAUGGGCAGCUUGACCUAUAAUAAUGUAUCAUAAAUAAUGAGUUGGUUUAUAUAUUAUAUAACUAACUUGAAUUUACAAAGUAAUUAGUAUCUAAAGCUAAUAAAUACAUGCAGUGGAGUAAGUCAUUAAUGUAAGUAAGUAGCAUAAAAUAAAAUUACUCAAAUGAAGUAAGCCUGCCUCUGAAAUUUACUUAAGUAUAUAUAUGUUACACUCUACUACUACCGAUUUAACUGUAAAACGACUCUGAUGGGCGGACAGCACGUGCGCAUGCGUAUGCGUGUCACAAUAUUACUGAAGGGGCCCAUAUUUGAUGUAAAAGCAAAUUCAUAGCAGAAAUAAAAACAACACAAUCUUCACUUCCUAAUGAGCCGCCGCCAACUGUUUCAGCUAGUGCCCCGAUUUGAUUUCAAAGAUAGAUUUGAGCUCUUUUGACUACUGCUGUUGUUGAACCGAUACCGGAAGUUGUUGGGAGGGAAUCAUCUUGCCUCGGUAGUUAUGACACACACUCAGAAGCACCAGCUCCUUCCAGAAGUUUCUACUCAUGGUUUUUCAGCUCGGCGGCAACACACGUACACUCGAGUCGGACCUCGUCGUUGUGUGUUAUGAAUUUUAAGUUACAUUUUAUUAUUUACACAUUGCUGACAAGCAGUAGGAAGCUGUCCACGGACUGUGACAAGUGUGGGAAGCUAACCUUGACAGCUAGCUAGUCGGCUAUCGUGCGCAUCAGAGACAGCUGCGUGUGGACACGCUGGACGUGUUGUUGCCACUGAGCAGAAACCGAAACUUCUAGGCUGGCAAUGCCUUUAUGAAGUGGGAUAGGAAGAGACCGGCUGUUGACAUGGGUAAAGACUACUACAAAGUGCUGGGAAUAGCCAGAGGUGCCUCCGAAGAUGAGGUAAAAAAGGCGUACAGAAAACAGGCCUUGCGCUUCCAUCCCGACAAAAACAAGUCUGCCGGCGCAGAGGAUAAAUUUAAAGAGAUUGCCGAAGCCUACGAUGUCCUCAGCGAUGCCAAGAAAAAGGAAGUUUACGAUCGCCUCGGAGAAGAAGGAUUAAAGGGUCCAGUCGGUGGUGGAGGUGGAGGACACACUGGUCAAAGCUACAACUACACCUUCCAUGGAGACCCUCACGCAAUGUUCGCGGAGUUCUUUGGUGGCCGCAGCCCCUUUGACCAUUUUUUCCCACAAAACGGGGAGGAGGACAUGGACAUCAACGAUCCCUUCGCGCCAUUUGGCAUGGGAAGAAUGGGCGGCGUGGGCGGCGUGGGCGGGUUUCCCAGGUCCUUUAAAUCCCACCCGGGAGCUCCUCGCAGGCCACACGAGAGGAAGAAGGACCCGCCUGUGAUGCACGAGCUGAAGGUGAGCCUGGAGGAGGUCUUCUCGGGAUGCACCAAAAAGAUGAAGAUCUCCCGCAAGAGACUGAACCCGGACGGCUGCACCAUGCGCAACGAGGACAAGAUUUUAACGGUCGACAUCAAGCGCGGCUGGAAGGAGGGGACGAAAAUCACCUUCCCCAAGGAGGGAGACGAAACUCCCAGCAACAUUCCCGCAGACGUGGUGUUCGUGGUUAAAGACAAGCCCCACCCGGUGUUCAGGAGGGAGGGCUCGGAUAUAAUCUAUCCCGCCAAAAUAUCACUCAGAGAAGCGCUGUGUGGCUGCACAGUCAACGCGCCGACACUAGAUGGCCGCACCAUCACUGUGACCUCCAGAGACGUUGUCCGACCUGGAAUGAAAAAGCGAAUUUCUGGAGAAGGGCUCCCUAUAUCCAAGUUCCCCGAGAAGAGGGGCGACAUGAUCCUGGACUUCACGGUGAAAUUUCCUGAAAAACUGGGCCAAAGCACACGAGAUGCACUCAAGCAGAUCCUCCCACCGUGACCCGAAACAAAAAAAAGUUUGCCCUAGAUUCCUGUUUAGUGAGAAGUUUUGCCGCCGAAUGCCCCGAACCCUCCACGCAACACCUUAAACGCUUCCAGCGACACACUCUUCAGCGCGAGUCUUCUGGAUGAUUGAGGCUCAGGGCAGAUUUGGUUCCGGAUGAGUUUAAUUUGACCUUCCGAGCACCAAAUCGAUUUUUCUUACUUAACAUCUAUUCAGUUGGGUGACUGGCUUAGGACUUGGAAACCGAGUGAGUACAGCCGGGUAAAAUGGGAAGGUAAAAGGUUUUAAUGUGUGUAGCGUGUAUCUAGAUAAUGAUACACUGGGUCAUGUGAUCUACUUUAGCUGCUUUACGUUCAUUCAGAAAUAUAACACGGUAACUGGGGAUUUGUUGUUUUGGGAGUGCAAGCAUGCAGCCAGCUGAUUCACAAUACCUCAUGUACAGUGCCGCACGCUUGAAUGUAGUUAGAACUACAUUACUCAACGGGUUAUGAUGUAUUCUUUGUUCUUGAGAGGUGAGAACGUUGGAUUUAACUUUAUGAAGCAGAUCAUUGUCAGCCAGAUGUGACUGAUUGACGUUAAAUAUAGUUUCCCUGUCUGUUCAGUGUGUCCGUUAUCUGCACUCCUCGUCACAGUCUCGUACACUGACGAAUAAAAUUACAAUAUGCAUAAAAGCAAAAAAUGAUGGCCGCGUCUCCCGGGAAAAAUGCAGAGGAGAUAUUGAGCUGCAGUUAUGUAACCGUACGUAUGAUUCCUGAUUAUACAUUUAGGAAGAGAGCACUGAGAAGUACUUUGUAUUGUUGGAUUUCUGGGUUUAUGUGUAUGAUUGCUUUAAUGAGAGGACAAGUCCAGAUUUGUUAAUCCCUGGUGUUUGAGAUGGCGCAAAAUGUUUACUUUCACAAUACCUUUUUUUUUCUGGGAGUACAGCGCUUGUAUAGAACAACAGUAGGGGAAACUUUUUGUGCCAAAUAAUUGUCCCCACAUCAUGUGUUUUCUAAAAGUAUGUUGAGCGCAUGGGUGUAUCCUGUAAUGUGUCUUACAAACUACAAAAAGCUAUUUAUGUCAUUUGUACCCUUUUGAGGGUGCUCAAUGUCCAAUUAGUGGGAUUUUCCAGUUCCCUAUUACUAUGUCUGUUUGACUUCUUUAACCAAGUAAGUUGUUUUUGUUCUCUUUGCCCAACAUGAUUUAUGGCAAAAUAUUUUAGACUGAGAUGUAAAAAAUACUAAAGUUCAAAGGCCUACAGAAUCUAUUUUUGUUUAUCUUGUCUUCUCUCUUAAAGCUCUUAACUGACACAAUGCGCACCGAGAUGUGCAGCAUCUGGAACUGUGAAGUUCCACAGUUCAUAAGGAAUCCUAAAAUAUAUAUUUAACUCUAAUUCAUAUUCAGCUUUGUGCACCUUUUUGACCAUUGUAAUGAUAGACGUUUCUUGGUCAGUAUUUUAUUUUCACAUUUUAAGUAUUUGACUGCUCCUGUCGGAGUUUUAAUUUUCUUACAUGUGGUUCAACAUGAAAUGUAGAGAUGUGUAAUCUCUAAUGUGUAAAGUUUUUUUUGUUUUCCUUUUUAAGUGAAAAUGUGUAUUAUGUAGUUUCUCGUAUGUAGUUUUUUGUUUGUUUUUGAGACGCCUCAGGUUGGGAUUCAAGAUAUUUUGAUUUUAACAACAAAGCUUUUAAUGACAUUUUUAAUAGAUUCUUAUGCUGUGAUGAUUUGCAUUUCCACAUUAAAGAGACAAAUAUCUUCCCAAUUAUCUCCUUAAUAUUUGA